AUGGCGACAGACGGCGGCAACAUGCACGCUAUCUUCCUCGUGGUGACUCUGCUGCUUGCGCCGGGUUCAGACGGCGCGAGCCGGGCGGCGCGGCGGCAGGGCCCGGCCUUCACGGAGGAGCCGCCGGCGCUGGUGCGCUUCGCGGCGGCGGGCGGCGUGCGCCUGCGCUGCGCGGCCGCCGGCGAGCCCCCGCCCAGCGUCGCCUGGCUGGGUGACGAUGGGACGCCGCUGGACGAUAGGCCUGGACUCAGGCGGGUGUACCCAAACGGCACGCUUGAGGUGCUGCCAUCAAGCGCUUUCCACGCGACUAGCACGCUGCGCUGCCGCGCCGCCAACGCGCACGGCGUCGCGCUGUCCCGGGACGUCACGCUGCAGCCAGUGUCAGAUACGGGCUGGGACGCAGUUCUGUCGGCGCCGGCGGCGGCGCUGGGCGGGAUCGCGGCGCUCACGUGCGGCUCACCCGGCGCCGCUGAGCUCGUGGCACCGGCCGUGUGGUACCGCGGCGACCGCGUCAUCGACACGCACCAGCCCACGCCAGAUGGUCGGUACCUAGUGGCCGGCAACACGCUGCUGAUCCGCGACGUGUCGGCGGCGGACGCGGGCGCCUACAGCUGCCUGGCGCGCCACGCGCUCACCAAGCACACCAAGCGCUCGCGGCCCGCGCACCUGGCUGUCACCACCGGGCCUUCCAACUCGGCGCCGAGACUAGUGGCAACGUCUAGCGAGAUCUCCGUGCCAGCUGGUGCCGACUUUUGCAUACCCUGCGUCACCACAGAGCACCCACCGCCGCAUUACACGUGUGUAUUAACUUGGUACCGCGAGAGCGGCGGGCGGCUGCAGCCGGUGGAGCCGUCGGCGGCGCUGUGGGCGUGGGCGGGCGGCGCGGCGCUGUGCUUCCCGCGCGCGACGCCGCGCGCGGCCGGCGCGUGGCUCUGCAAGGCCUACAACGUGUACGGGGACGCCACGGCGCAGAUGAGGAUCGAAGUCAAGGACACGCUCACUGUUACUGUUACGCCGGAGUUAGUGAUAAGUAUUAGAAGUUUAUUUGUCGCUGUAUCAGACCAUAAGCCAUUGCACAAAACACAGGUGGCGGACAGCGGCAGCACGGUGACGCUACGCUGCAACGCGAGCGACGCCGGCGCCAGCCUGUCGUGGCUGCACGACGGCGCGGCGGCGGGCGCGGGCGCCGAGCUGGCCCUGCGCGGCGUGGCGCGCGCGCACCGCGGCGUCUACCAGUGCGUGGCGCGCCGCGGACGCGACAACGCGCACGCCGACGCCGAGCUGCUACUGGGAGACUCGGCGCCGGAGCUGCACUACACGUUCAUCGAGCAGGCGCUGCGCGCGGGCGGCGCGGUGUCGCUGCGUUGCGCCGCGUCGGGCGCGCCGCCGCCCCGCUUCACCUGGCUGCUCGACGCCCAGCCGCUGGACCAGUACCGCACUCAGCACAGGUACUUCAUAAGCGAGGAGACGUCGGUGACGGGCGACGUGGUGUCGGUGCUUAACAUCAGUACGGCGGCGGCGGCGGACGGCGGCCGCUACUCGUGCCGCGCCGCCAACGCGCUGGGGCACGCCGAGCACUCCGCACGGCUCAACAUCUACGGGCCGCCGUCGAUCCGCGCGCUGGGCCCGGUGCGCGUGGUGGCGGGCGCCAACGCGACCGUGUUCUGCCCCUACGCCGGAUAUCCGAUCAGUUCGAUCUCGUGGUGGGCGCGGGGCGCGGGGCGCGCGGUGGGCGGCGCGGGCCGCGUGUCGGCGCGCGGCGCGGAACUGCGCCUGCGGCCCGCCGCGCCGCCCGACGCCGGCCACUACUCCUGCUCCGUGGCCGCGCCCGGCGGCGCCGCCGCCAAGCGGGACAUCGAGAUACAAGUCCGAAGUAAGACAAAUCCAUGA